ACACACCUAAAAGCUGAAAAUGUACGUGAUGUCUUGAAUCGAUGUGAGCUAAGCCCAUUUACGGGCCUACUUUUAAAGUGUGAAAUUAAAAGACACUGUAUCUUCGUGAUGUUGUCAGAAGUCGAUGUAUUUAUCAGUAAUUAUACUCUUGUCGAUCCUGAGAUAUAUCAGCUUUGGGUCGAUGGCCAUUCAUCAAGCGAAGCAGUAAAUAUCUUACAUCAACGAGGAAUAUGUCAACAAACGAAUGCCUCGAUUGAAUUAGUAGCUUCUGACAUCCUCGAUCACUAUCGGACUUAUGCACUGCUAGAAAAAUUACUUCACACGCCUACUAAACUGGCGAGCGAACAGCUCGCGUUUCAAAUAGAACCACAAACAAGUCAAAUGCUUAUUGAAAUGUACUAUGAAUUCGAUGACGUUGUUAUUAGAGAAUUAUUAGGUAAAAAAUUAACGUCAAAAAGUAGGAAAGAUAUGGAUGAGGUGUCAGAAAAAACAGGCAUAACAUUAAAGAGUUGUCGUCGACAAUAUGAUAAUGUGAAAAGAGUCUUCAAAGUUGUUGAAGAUCUGCCAGGUUCCUUGGCUGCUAAUAUCGAACAACAUUUUUUGCUCUCAGAAGAUCUUGCCAAGCGAUAUGCUGCUGUGGUGUUCAUAGCGUGUCUUAGAUUUGAAAUGAACAAGAGAAAGCUUCAGUUUUUAACGUUUCCUGAUUUAUAUCAUUGUGCCAACAGUAUGAUGUCAUCGUGGACAUACCGUUGUGUUGGAUCAGAAUAUUUUGACACUGAUUUAGAUAGAGAAUUUUUGUUAGAGUUAGCAGAAUGUAGGGUGCUUUUAGAAAAUGAUAAACAUCAUAAACAUUUGGUGUGCAUCAAGCUUAAACCUAUGCUUUUAGAACGUUCGUUUCAAGAAAUAGAUACUAACUUUCGUUCAUAUACAAGAGCUAUCCUAGGUAUAGGAUGUAAUCUCCAUCGCACCAGAGAUUUACGAUUUUUUUUCUUGGAACUGGUAGAAAGAUGUAUAGAACCUUGGCGUCAAGUGAACUGGACACACGCUGACCUCAGAAAUUUCAUGUCAAUAUAUACUCAAUGUGCACUAGAUAUGGAUGUACUUAGGGAUAAUGAAUUAAGAGACGCGUUUGAACGUUAUAUGACUGUUGUUACGUGCUGUUUAUUGCGCAUGUAUCAUACAUGACCAUUAACAAAUGAGGAAAAUGGAAUACAAAAAAUUAAUACGAUUGGGAAUGAUGACAAAUGAGCCAUAAAAAAUGAAUGAAAUGGAGAAAAUUGUAGUCAUAUUGGAAUUUAUUAAAUUUUCAUAAUAAAUAAUUAAUAAACAAAUGCGGUAUGUUUAUUCGUUCAUUUCGUACACGCUAAAAAUUUACAAUUUUGCCUAUCUAUGUAAUACAUUUGAAAAUUAUCUUUAAAGUUAAUUUAAAAUGAGAUUAACUCAUAGUAGUAGCAUCUAAUAAGAUGUGGCAGUAUUUCAAUGACUUAUCUUUCAUGUACGAAGGACAUUCUGGUAUUGUUCCAGAAGCAGUAACGUUAAUUUGUUUUAGUAAAUAGUUAUACUAUUUUGAAUCAACAUAUACAAGUAUACAACUUUGUACGCACUAACGUCACACAUUCAAACAUACGCAUCACUUAAUUA